AUGUCAACUAGAUUCCUCCCCGUAUUCAUUCUUGUUCAUGUCUGGCUUUUGAUGGCAACAACAUCAAUAGCUCAGUUUGUGAUGGACACAAGUGGCAAACCCGUUGAGGGUGAUGAAGAAUAUUUCAUUAGGCCUUCUAUCACCGGCAAUGGAGGAGGUUCUACAUUGAUCACCGGAAAUGCGCCAUGCCCUCUACAAGUCGGUCUUGUCAACACUGACUCGGCACAAGGCGUGGCGGUGAAAUUCAUUCCUUUUGCAGCCCAUCACGACUUCGAUGACUUAAGGUUUAACAGAGAUGCGAGAGUAACAUUCCAAACUUCCUCAAGCUGUGCACAAUCAACCGACUGGAGAGUGGGAGAGAAGGAUGCUACGAGUGGAAGGAGACUGAUUAUCACCGGAAGAGAUGAUAAUAUAGUUGGAUCAUAUGGUAACUUCUUUAGGAUUGUGCCGACACAAACGGUUGGUAUCUAUAACAUCCAAUGGUGCCCUACCGAGGUAUGUCCCAGUUGUAAGUUUGAAUGUGGGACUGUUGGUGUUAUUCGAGAAAAUGGGAAGAUUCUGUUGGCCCUCGAUGGUGGUGCACUCCCUGUUGUGUUCCAGAAAGAAUAA